GAUUUCUCCAUCCAUUUCUGCAAUCAUUUUCAGAGAGAGAAUAUAAAUGGUGAAAUUAACGAUAGUCGGAAGAGUGAGGGAUGCUUUGCCAUUAGCAAAAGGUACUAGGUAUCUUAACGAUGAAGAAGACGACGAUGAUUUGUUUUCUCAAAGGAAACAACAAGCGGAGUUCAUACUCAACGAGAUCUCAACAGGAUCUCUUCCUUCUUCAAAGAUGACUAUUCGUCUCCAUAGCCAUAGCUUCAAUUACAUAGUAGAGGAUGGAGUUUGCUUCAUAACAUUGUGCGAGUCUUCAUAUCCAACAAGGCUUGCUUUCCAUUUUCUUCAAGAUUUGCAAAAGGAACUUCUUGGCAAGUUAGAUAGAACCCUCAUACACAAAGUUUCCAAGCCAUACACCUUUCUCAAAAUGGAGGGUAUGAUUGGAAACAUAAGAAAGCGAUAUAUUGACACAAGAACACAGUCUAAUCUCUCGAAGCUUAAUGCUGAUCGUGGCCAAGAACCCAAAGUCGAGACAGAUUACAUGUAUGCUAUAGUAGAAAGACGACAUAGAUUGGAAGCACUAAAAAAGAAGGCAUUAAUGACGAGUUCUCGGGUGGUUACAGCUUCAGAUUCUCCAUUGCUUGAGUUGAUAGCUUUGAAAUGGAUGCCUAUAACUUUGGUUAUAUUUGGGGCAGUUGUACUUGUAUGGAGCAACCUUAUUCUGUCCAUCUUAUAACAACAAAACUUUGUUAGUUUUUUUUAUCAUGGAGGAAAGUG